AUGGCGCCUCCUACACAGAAGCCGAAAGGUGGCUCUAAGAAGCCCAAUGCCAAAGCCAACCAGGCCGCAAAAGCUACGUUGAAGGGUGUGCACGCACAAAAGGCUCGCAAGAUCCGCAAAUCCACGACCUUUCACAGACCCAAGACCCUUGUUCUCUCCCGAUCGCCCAAGUACCCUCGCAAGUCCAUUCCCCAUGAGACAAGACUCGACCAUCACAAGAUCCUGAUUCAUCCACUCAACACUGAGAGUGCGAUGAAAAAGAUUGAAGAGCACAACACCCUGGUUUUCAUCGUCGACACAAAGGCCAACAAAAGACAGAUCAAGGAAGCACUCAAGAAGCUAUACGAUGUGGACACAGUCAAGAUCAACACCCUGAUCCGACCAGAUGGAACGAAGAAGGCUUUCGCCAGAUUAACGACGGAUGUGGAUGCUCUUGACAUUGCCGCGACGAAGUUGUCCAUUGUGUAG